AUGUUUGUAAUAGUCAUUACAGUAGAUAUUGACGCCGACAAGAUAGUGAUGGCCAAGGAAAAUGCCGCGAUUUAUAGCGUACUGGAUAAGAUCAAGUUCGUUGUCGGAGACUUCUUCAAAUUGGCAAAUCAGAUAAAGGGUGACGUUAUAGUCACAUCGCCGCCAUGGGGCGGGCCAGAAUACAACAAAAUCGGGCCGUUAGCUUUGUGCAUGGAUAAGAUUCUGGAAGUGGGGAAACCGAUUGCCCCAAAAAUACUGUUAGAUCUUCCAAAAAACCUUGAUAAAAAUGAGCGUUGGAAAAUGUGCAAUGGAGUUGGUGCCAGCCUUGGAAAAAUCGAAAAUGUGUUUGUGGACACUGCAGGUACCUCAACUCGACGUUGCUGUAUGUCCGGUCCAAUAAUGUAA